CAAGGACGCCAUUUAGCUUCAUCCACCCUGGUCUUCUGGUAGUUCCAUUUUCUCGUCUUCCAUGAGGUAACUGUAAGCAAGCAAAUGGAAAUGACAGAUAGUACAUCAAUGGAGCUGAACUUGCCUACCAAGGUGAAGGAAUUGGCCCUCAAUGAGACAGAGCUCAGUUCUCCAGAAGGAGAGGAUGUCAAAAAGAAGACCAAGGAGCUCCCUGACAGAGGCACUUGGAAAGGCAAAUUUGACUUCCUUCUCUCUUGCGUGGGGUAUGCCAUUGGCUUGGGGAAUGUCUGGCGCUUUCCAUAUCUCUGCGGCAAGAAUGGAGGAGGUGCCUUCUUGAUUCCAUAUUUUCUUACUCUGGUGUUUGCUGGGAUUCCCCUUUUCCUGCUGGAGACUGCACUUGGACAGUACACCUCUGUUGGUGGGCUCGGUGUCUGGAAACUUGCACCUAUGUUUAAAGGAGUGGGCCUGGCUGCCGCGGUUCUCGCCUUCUGGUUGAAUAUCUAUUACAUUGUCAUUAUUGCCUGGGCCCUGUAUUAUCUUUUCUACUCAUUCACGGCGGACCUACCAUGGCAGAGCUGCGGCAAAGCGUGGAACACAGAGAAAUGCUUUUCCAACUAUUCCCUGACUGACACCACCAACCUGACCAGCGCUGUGACCGAGUUCUGGGAGAGAAAUAUGCAUCAGAUCUCUGGAGGUUUGGGAGAGCCGGGUAAUGUUCGCUGGCCCUUAGCAGGGAUGCUUGCAUUAUCAUGGGUUCUGGUAUAUUUUUCCAUCUGGAAGGGUGUUGAGUGGACUGGAAAGGUGGUGUACUUCUCAGCCACCUAUCCUUACUUCAUGUUGUUUAUUCUGUUCUUUCGCGGAGUCACCUUGCCAGGAGCCAAGGAAGGAAUCCUCUUUUACAUUACUCCCGAUUUCAGCAAACUCUCGAAGUCUGAGGUCUGGAUGGAUGCAGCCACACAAAUCUUCUUCUCCUACGGCUUAGGCCUGGGGUCUCUGAUUGCCUUGGGGAGCUAUAACACUUUUCACAAUAACGUCUACAGGGACUCCAUCAUUGUUUGCGGCAUAAAUUCCACCACCAGCAUAUUUGCAGGUUUCGUUAUUUUUUCUAUCGUGGGAUUCAUGGCUCACCUCACCAAGAAGUCGAUAUCUGAGCUGGCAUCCUCAGAUCUGGAAAUGGCUCCUGGGAGCAACUAUUUACUCUGGCAGGGACAUUUAUGUGUAGCCAACAUUACACAUAAGUAUCCUACUGGAGAAAAUGGUGGCUCCCAGAGACCAUUUCAAAAUGUAAAAAUGCCUGAGGAUUUUGAGCUGCCUCAAUUGGACAGGGUGACUGCCUACUCCUUCAAAAGCCUGGGCGUGAUCAUGGAGUCCUCCUUAUCAAUGGUGGCUCAGGUCAUGCACGUGGUCAUGCAGUUGGCCCCCUACCUCUCCCAUGCUGACCCAACCAUAGCUGGGCAGCUACAGAAGAUGCUGAUGAUCUGUUUCCUCUUGCAGUUUUGUACUGUAGAAGGCUUCAUCACGGCCCUGAUGGAUGAGUUUCCACAUUUGCUCCGAGCAAGGAAGAAAAUCUUUAUUGCUGUGGUCUGUUUUAUCUCCUACCUCAUUGGAUUGUCCAACAUCACCCAGGGUGGCAUCUAUGUUUUCAAGCUGUUCGAUUAUUACUCUGCCAGCGGCAUGUGUCUCCUCUUCCUGGUCUUUUUUGAGACUAUCUCCAUUUCCUGGUGUUAUGGUGUAAACAAAUUUUAUAACAACAUUGAAGAAAUGAUUGGUUAUAAACCCUGUCGUUGGUGGAAGAUCUGCUGGGUCUUCUUCACUCCUCUUGUCUGCCUGGGAGUUUUCUUCUUCAGUGUGGUUGAAAUGACUCCCCUAAAAAUGGGGAAAUACAUUUAUCCUGCAUGGGGUCAAGGCAUUGGCUGGGUCAUGGCCCUCUCCUCCAUGGUACUGAUUCCAGGAUAUAUGUUGUACUUUUUCUUUACUGCAAAGGGAACAAUCAAACAGCGCUUUCGGCUAAUGGUCCAGCCUACACAAGAUGUGAAUGUUCAGGGGAAUGGAUUGCAAGCAAAGCCAUCGCUGAAUGGAAGCUUCUCUGAGGCCAUCGUGUAGGCAAAGAAGAACAAGAAGCCCUCUUUGUCUGGGCUGCAGCGAACCAUGCCACGUUCCAGGCUUGUGCAUGGGAGUUUCUUCCACUUCUUUCUCCUGUGUGAUUAAUCCCAAAAGGGACUGUUUCACUAUUGAGCACUCUGUUUGGUUUUGUCAUGUUUUUGUUUGUGUUCAUCAUCCUAUGCUGCUAAUAUUCCCCACUGGUUUCCAUGGAAGACAACGCAUUGCAUUCUUAGGUCUGUAACUUCAUGGUUUUCCAGCCAAAAGUGGACAAAGGUGGAUUGCAGAAUUUCCCCCCAGGAGAUCCACACUCCCAAAUUUCAGACAAACAGAAUGAAAGGUGCUCAUGUUACACUUUUUAAAAAUCUAUGUGUGAAUUGAUAGGCCAGCUUCUAGAAAGUAACGCAGAGUGAAAGCGCAAGGGAAUUCUGCACAGCAGCCACUUAGCUUGAAUAGAAGUAGCACAGAUAAAAUAUUUACAGCACUAAAGAAUUAGGAGAGGAGGAAGGAAGGAACAGCCCCGAACAAAAACAGGAAAAUGUUUCAGAAGGAUUCAAAGAAUACAACACAGAGAGAAUGUGUGUAUUCAACCUAUAUUCAAGAAGAAAGCUACGUUGUGUGGGUAUGUGUAAAGUGCGUUCAAGUCACGGCUGACCUACAGCAACCCAGUAGGGUUUUCAAGGCAAGAGACUGAGAGAGGUGGGUUGCCACUGUUGUGCAUAGCAAUCCUGGUAUUCUUGGGUGGUCUCCCACCCAAGUUACUAACCAGGGCCAACCCUCACCUAACAAGAACAGGCUAGUCUGGGCCAUCUAGAUCGGGGCAUAGCUAAGAUGGUAAGAAAUAAAGAUAGUCACUCUAAUUGGCACAAGAAUCUGGAAGUAUUCUCUGCUGCAGCAACAGGAAAGCUUCACUAUGUGACAUCAGCUUAUAUGGGUUGAAAGCCCACCCCGCAUCCUUCAGGAUUGGAAUUCCUCACAGCUGUAUGUAACCCUAGUGCAGUGGUGGGAUUCAAAUAAUUUAACAACCGGCUCCGGUGGGGGAUUCAAAUAAUUUAACAACUGGUUGUUGACAAGCACCAUUUUAACAACCGGUUCUGCCGAAGUGGUGCGAACCUGCUGAAUCCCACCACUGCCCUAGUGGCUCUAGCUUACAGUCAAUCAAGAAAGCCCAGAGGCUCUCUUUCCCAUCCCCAAGGAACACUAUUUUGCGUGUGUGAAGUGCUGUCACGCCGUUUCUGAUCCUCUGACUCAAUGUCGUUCAGAACAUCCUAAGCAGCCUGACCUUGACUCAUGCUUUUUCAUUUUGGAUUGUCUCAUCGUAUGAUCUUACUAUUCAAAUUCUGACUUGCUUUACAAAGUCCUCAUGUUAGUUGGGAAACAACACAUGAAAAAUUACAUCACAGGUGAUGGGAAUUUUGCAGCUCCCAGGUGUGUAGAGGUCCUUUUCUUUUCCUUUUUUAAAAAACAAAGCAGGCACGGAGAAGUAGCUUUCACCUUCAUCCCCUACUGUUUUCACAUCUACAAACUGCCCCAUGGAGCUACCAUUGGCUCUGUUAAAUUU